UUUCAAAUAUUAUGUUUUUUUAUAGUUGCUCCUAAAUGGGUUAAGCAACCAUCAAGUGUUUCAGUCUCGGUUGGGGACAGUGUAACGUUAGACUGUGUUAUUGGGGGUUAUCCCAAACCAACAGUAAGCUGGAAGUUUAACCCACUGACAGAUUCAAAGACUCGGGAUUUCGUGCACGUGCUGUUGAGAGAACGUUUUCGUAUAAGUGAAAAUGGCUCUCUUAGCAUUCUCGGUGUUCAUCAGGAAGACACUGGAAGAUAUCGAUGCUCGGGCAGUAACGGAAUCGGAAAUGACGUCAUGAAAGUUGUAACUCUCUCCCUUCAUGUGCCAGCACGAUUUGAGGAGAAAUUUGUUGUUGAAAGAGUUCAUCGUGGGGACUCGGCAAAACUAGAAUGUGACGCUCUUGGUGAUAACCCCAUGACCAUCACAUGGAACAAGGACAAUGUCCGGUUGUCAAGGGUGGACACUGGCCGUUACCAGAUAUUUGACAGAACAACAGAAGUGGGAACUUUGUCCGAGAUUCAAGUUCACGGAGUUGACCGCAGUGACAAUGGCCUUUUCACCUGCGUGGCAAAGAACACUUAUGGAGAAGAUCAAAGAACAAUAAAGCUGAUUGUCCUCGAACCACCUUCAGCACCCUCAGAUGUUCGUAUUGCUCAAGCUUGGACCAGAAGUGUCAGUGUUACCUGGACAGUGCCUUACAGUGGGAACAGUCCUGUAAACAAGUACAUAAUCCAGUACUGGAGAAACCAAGGUGCUCCACAUCGAUUGGAAGAAGAGACCAUUUCUUCUGCACAGACUUCAACUAUACUCCAUAAACUUCAGCCAGGAACGUCCUACGUUGUCCGUGUUAUGGCGGAAAAUGACGUAGGUAAAGGAACUCCAUCAGAAAACCGACGUUUUGUCACUAAAGAGGAAGAACCAAGUGCUCCUCCUACUGACUUAUGGGUAGAAGCUAGAGGAGCUGGAACUCUCCAUGUCAAAUGGAAGGCUCCACCCAAGGACCACUGGAAUGGUCAGCUGAAGGGCUACUAUGUUGGCUACAAAGAAAAAGCUUCAACCAAGUCAUACUCUUAUAAGCAUGUGCCUUUCAGUAAGGGUCUGUCAGAAGAAUACUUGCUUCAACACUUGCGAAAAAAUACAGAGUAUGCUGUUGUUGUGAUGGCUUUCAACGAUGCAGGAAGAGGACCAGAAUCUCAAGAAAUCGUGAAGAUAACCAAAGAUUCCGAUCCCCCUCCAGCCCCGACGUUGAGAGUAACCACUCGUUCAGAAACCAGUAUUAGUAUUCAGUGGAAGCAGAAAAAAAAUGAUGCUGAUAUAAUUUCACAUUACAUUUUAUUCUACAAAGAAGACUCUAAGUCAUGGACAGAGGUUACUAUUCCGCAGACAGAGAAGAAGGAAUAUAUUCUAAAGGGAUUGAGGCCUGGAUGUUUUUACCAACUUUAUCUUCAAGCUGCUAGCCAAAAAGGAAACAGUAACCCUAGUGAAACCCUAACAGUAAGAACAGAUGGAACAGCAGGACCCAUGGAACGUAAUCUUCAUGCAGUGAUCACAGGAGAAAAAGAAUUGCCCGAAUAUCUUCGAUUGCCAGUUCUAGCCCCAGUGGUGGCUUCUGUUGCCAUCAUAAUCCUCGUUGUUAUCGUAUCGUGCGUGUAUGUAAAGAAGGAACAACGACGAUAUAAUAGGGCUAUGGAAGCAGUGACUGAGAAAAUCUACCCAUACAGCAUGAAUGGCACCCCACCCCAGCGAUAUGUGGAUGUCGAGAAAACCAGACCUUUAUUACAGCCUCCUCCUCCCCCACCACCGUUUCCUCUGCCCCCACCGCCACAAGAUAAUUACCCCGCCCCAUACGCUACUUUACCACUGAGUGAUAAUAAUUUUUCAGCUGAUCGAAGAAGAUUAAAUCAGGGAAGAGGACCGAAAUCUAACGAGGGUUCAGUUGACAGUCGACGACUAGGGGGUGGAAACAUGAUCCAUGAACAGGCGGAAGUUCAUCACUAUGACGAAGCAGCGUGAGACUUGUGGCGAGACUUGGAAGGUCACGUGAGAUUCUCAAGAGCCACCACGGGUCUUGUCAACUGUAAGAAAUACUUUGUAAAGUUUCGUAGCAGCUGGACUGUUUAUACUUUAUUUGAUUUUUUUCCCCCCUGUAUGUAUAUGUGUGCACGUGAGCUUCAGGCCGCCACGGAACCAUUGGUCUGUUACUCUAACCCUACAGAAUUCUCUCCUGCUUAUGGAAAAGAGCUACCAAAGCGACGCCGUGUUUGUUUUGUUAACUUCAAUGAUGACCUAGAGAUACUAGGAAUUGCAGAUAAAAACAGUACACUACUACUAUCUAUACAUAUACAUGCUUAAGAGUUUUCUUUAAAUAAAUAAACAGAAUCUAUGAUUUAAAGUUUCAAAAUUAUGCCUCAGGCCAGGCCUGUAAAACUUACAACAAGUUGAGUGAACUAUGGAAAAAAGGUUCAUUAGAAACAAAAAGUGAAGUAAGAGUUGGUGGAACACAGCAAGUUCCUUUACUUAUUGGAUAAAAUGGGUGCCUCCCCUUUAGGCCUACUUAUUAUACACGUGAUACGUUUUUCACGUAUUGGUCAGAGGGUGGUGUAUUACUUGACCUCUAGGAACGUCCACACCAAUCCUUUCUGUAUAGUAGUUGUUAGGACAGCUUGCUUGAUGGUAGAGGUCAUAUGGUGCUAGUAACCCGUAGUAACUAUGGGUCAGUAUCAUUAUUGUGAUUCAGUGAACCUGUAAGUCGCACCAAAGUCUGGUUUGGUUAGUCAUUUUUCCUAUAUUGAUUGUUUAAAGAGAGAAUGAAGACUGAAAAGGAGAUUAUCGAAUGAUGAUCGAAUUGAAUUUAACAAUGCUGUAGCUUGUUCUGUGGUGGUUCACAACUUCUAAAACAACAGCCAGCUAUUCACCGGCAAAAAUUAGCGACACAUAGAGCGCCCCCUGUUGCGAGAGAACUGUGAAUUAACGCUUAAAGUGACUGCCUCGUAAGUCCUGAUGUAUUAUCUCCUUUAAGAACACCUUAAUUCUGUGAAAAAAAAUGUUUUUUUCGUGCUGCUUUCAUUAACCCUAAGCACGUGGUUAGUUUUUUUCACAUCUUUUAACUCCAGGUGAUAGUCUAGCCUAACCCAUCAUGGCGGAGUUGGAUUAUUGUGCCAGUUUUCAUGUAAAUAUUAAACUUCUAAUCUCAACUAGGACUCUUUUGGCAGGUAAUAAAAGCGCAAUAACACCUUUAAUGUAACAUAUUGUUGUUGAUAACGUAAACAACCAAGAUACGGCCGGUAACUGUGAAUUGCUGGUUAGUUAUUUUAUUUCUUCGGUUACAAUAGGUUGACUUGAUAUAAGCGAUUAAAUACGUAAUUCGUAAGUUAAAUAUGUCCUUCCGUUGUAUCAGUCAUAUUCACGCUAGUCCUAAGUUUAUGCUUAAACAGUAUUAUUGCGUGGUCACUUUAGAAACUACUUCAUUCGGUAGUUUGUGAAGUUUUUCCUGGUCAUUUUAACAAUGGUCAUUCUCAACAUGGCUGACCCGUGGUGAGUUGCGAGCAUGGACGUCUAAAGAAGAUCAAAAUGUUCGUUGUUUUUUUUUAAUAAACUUAGUACAUGCUUCAAUUUUUAGCCCAGCGACGAAAUACGAGUUGUAAGCCUUUUUUUAGUGAUUAUACCAUAACCCACGCACGUGACCAUGUGUAUUAAUCCCGACUUUGUGCCGACGGUGCUCUGCAGAAUAAGCACGUGCUCUGGCUGAUUCAUACCGCAUGAAGCACGCGAUCAAUAAGCACAUUUCAUUGGGCCAGAGAAACUGAUUGUGGUAUAAGAGAAUGUUCAGUACGAUUACCCAGCAAUCCUUAAUUACCCAGCAGUCCCUAUUUCUCCUAUUAUAGUUCAAGAAGCAAACGGUAACAACUCGCUGUUCUCUAUAAAAAAAAAAGUUAGUUUAUCAUAAUUAAAGACAGCUUCGUCCAAUAGUCGCCUAUAUACGUCAAUCCUGGUAUGCAUAUUUAAGUUAAUGCGUACAAACUCCGCCUCGUGGCGCACACAGAGAAAUAUUGUUAGGGUUAAUUACUAUUUCUUCUCUUUAUUGUUGCCAUACAAUCGAUUUAAAAAGCGUAGUCCAAUUUGAGGUCAUGAUCUGACGGUGCUGUAAAUUCUCAUUUGUACAAAGUUUAUGUUGUGUGUGUGUUUAUAUUUCAUGACUAGAUUAGUCCUUUGAUGUGUGAUUAUUACACAACGUCAUAACUAUUGAUCUUUGUACGUAAAAGUAACCGAUUCUAGAAAAACCAAUCUCUGUUGUGUUUAGUGUUAUAUAUAUUGGUGUUGUUCGUGUUACGAACGGAGCUGUUAAAUUUAUUUCUCUUUGUUGUAUUAGUUUGAUAUGGAAUGUAUUGUACUACGUGAGACUUUAAGAAGUCUACGGAUCCGUGUUUCUAUCUUAGUCUGCUCUAUUUUAUGUAUCUUUUCAAUAGUCAAAUUAAACAAAACCACCCUAUA